AUGUCUUUGACGCCGAGCACUCGACGCAUUUUUUUCAUACUUGCACUUUUCAAUUUGUUGGACCAAUAUUAUUGCUCUGAGUUUGUGAAUAAAAGUCAGGAUUCCCUGCUGGCUGAGGCUCAAAUAAAAAUCCUUUUACUGACUCUCCUGGGUCUUGGCCUUCUGAUUCUUUUCGGCUUAUUGGGUGAGUUUAUGAUUACCAUUCCGUUGACCAACGCUCACGGAGCGGAGAUUUCCGAUUUCCUCCGGUCAGGAUGUAUCUGUUGUUUCUUCCGGAUUCCGGAGGAAAUGCCACCGACAUCCGAUGGCCUCGAUGUCUACGCCCCGCGAACCCAGAGCAUCGUGUGGCCCACUUUGCCCCAGGAGGCGGCCCACAUCCUGGAGAUGACCUUCAUUCACACCACCAAGGUCGGCUGCCUUUGCUCCGAUUGUCGCAUCGCCAGGAACUCACUGUGCAUCGAAAGCUGAAACCCAGCCAGGUGGAUCUUUCUGAUGGUCACCUCGAUUUGCCAUGCUCACCUGGUCGAAGCCGAUGGCAACUUCACGGACUAUGACUGGCAAAACGAAACGCAGCUGCUCGAAAUGUUUGAGUACGAGAACGAGAGCGAAAAUUACACUACUGAGAAUUACGCGGAAUCCGAUAUGGAAACGCCAGAGGAGCUGGAAAACUCUAGCAUUGGCCAAAAGGCUGACAAAGGUGGUUACAAUGCCAAAAUUGAAUUUCCAUUUGAAGAGUUGCGACAACAUCGGCACUAUGCCCGUUUUGUCUUCAUGGUUUUGCUUUUACACAUUGCCGUUGUGGGAGUUGGCAUAACUGUCUACUGCUGUGUGUUCUGCAACGUGAGGACCUGGAAAAAACGAACGAGGUUAGAGGUACAUCGACGUCUGCAAAUGACUAGCCUGAAGUCCUCGCACAUUCCCAAUGACCGCGAUUGCCCGUGCAACGGAUGCAUUUUGGCCAGGGAAAUGCUGCAGAGUUUAAUCAUGCAGCAACUGCAAGAACUGGCCGAAUGCUGA